CUGUGGCCGCCGGCCGGACAGCCGAAGCGCCGCCGCCGAGGGGCCCCCUCCUCCAGCACAGAUAAGCAAUAUGCAAUUCCAAGGCUUUGGACUGUGUUUGAGUCUUAUGCUGCUCACCUUAGUAAAAGCAGAAUUGCAGGAUGAAGAUGUUGAGAUGGAGGAUUUUGAUGAAAGUUCAGAAGAAAUUAUGACAAAUGAAGAUAAACUUCACCCAGAGGUUAAAUACAAGACACCGCAACCUAUAGGAGAAGUAUAUUUCACAGAAACCUUUGAUAAUGGAAUAUUGACUGGGUGGGUAUUAUCCAAAGCAAGGAAAGAAGAUACUGAUGAGAACAUUGCUAAAUAUGAUGGAAGAUGGGAAAUAGAAGAUUUGAAAGAAAAUAGAGUGCCUGGUGACAGAGGACUAGUUUUGAAAUCACAAGCAAAGCAUCAUGCAAUAUCAGCUCUACUAGCAAAACCAUUUAUUUUUGCAGAUAAACCUUUGAUAGUUCAAUAUGAAGUAAAUUUUCAAAAUGGUAUGGAUUGUGGUGGUGCAUACAUUAAGCUUCUAACAGACAAUGAUUAUUUGAAUCUGGAAAAUUUCUUUGAUAAAACACCCUAUACCAUUAUGUUUGGACCAGAUAAGUGUGGAGAAGAGCAUAAACUUCAUUUUAUCUUUAGAUAUAAACAUCCUAAAACUGAAGUUUUUGAAGAGAAGCAUGCUAAAAUUCCAAAUGUAGACUUGAAAAAAUUUUUUUCUGAUAAGAAGACACAUCUCUAUACACUUGUGAUGAACCCAGAUAAUACAUUUGAAGUGUAUAUUGACCAAGUGGUUGUAAAUCAGGGAAGUCUUUUAGAGGAUGUGGACCCUCCAAUCAACCCUCCUAAAGAAAUUGAAGAUCCUAAUGACAAAAAACCUGAUGAUUGGGAUGAUAGACUAGAAAUCCCCGAUGAUAUUUCUGUUAAACCAGAAGAUUGGGAUGAAAGUCAGCCGGCCCAAAUAGCAGAUCCUGAUGCUUUUAAACCUGAGGGCUGGCUUGAUGAUGAACUAGAAUAUAUUGAAGAUCCUAAUGCUGAAAAACCUCCAGACUGGAAUGAAGACAUGGAUGGCAAAUGGGAAGCCCCUCUUAUUCCUAACCCAGCAUGUAAAAUUGGAUGUGGGCAAUGGCAGCAUCCCAUGAUUGACAAUCCAAAAUACAGAGGAAAGUGGGAACCUCCAAUGAUUGAUAACCCCAACUAUCAGGGAGAAUGGACCCCUCGAAAAAUUCCAAAUCCAGAUUAUUAUGAGGAUAGAAAUCCAUUUCUUCUGAGUUCUUUCAGUGCUCUAGGCUUAGAACUGUGGUCUAUGACAUCUGAUAUCUACUUUGAUAAUUUUAUCAUCUGUUCAGAUAAGGAAAUAGCAGAUCGUUGGGCUGAAGAUAGUUGGAUGGUGAAAAAAUUGGUAGCAAGGGCUAAUGAGCCUGGUGUAUUCACUCAGUUGCUGACUGCUGCUGAAGAGCGGUGGUGGCUUUGGAUCAUUUAUGCCUUGACAGCAGGGUUGCCUUUAGUAUUGAUUACUUUAUUUUGCUGGCCAAGAAAGAAAAAAGAUGAAGAUGCAGAGUACAAAAAAACUGAUAUACAUAAGCCACAAACAAAGGGGGCACUAGAACAAGAAGUGAAAGAGGAGAAGGCAACCCUAGAGAACACUACAGACCUGGAAGAGGAAAAAGAAAAUCAAGACGAUGGUGAAAUUGAAAAAGAGGAAGAUGAUGAAACUGAAGAAAAGAGUGAAGAAGAAAAUGAAACUAUAGAUGAGCAGGAAGAAGGCAGUAAAUCCAAUAAAUCUGGAUCAGAAGAUGAGAUGAAAGAAGCUGAUGAAAGUACAGGGUCUGGAGAUGGGCCAGUAAAAUCAGUACGUAAAAGAAGAAUAAGAAAAGACUGAAAUACUUUCAAGUUUUUUGUAGUUCCUGAAAGAGAAAUUUGGCAUGCCAGUAUAGAUUUGCCAAUCACUGGACUUAACUCUCCACCUCCUGCUCCAUAGCCAGCCUCUUUAUUCUUCUUAAAUUUUCCUUUAGGCUUCUUUUUGAGGAAGAACACUAUUUGUGAAGUUGUGUGGUGUUUUAAUUUAGAAUAAAAGAAAAAUGGCAAGUUGAAUAACAGAUUUAAGAGGAUAAUAUCAUUAGAAUUUAUUUAGUCUAAGUCACUUGGAGGUAUUUUAGUUCUUGAAAACUUGUGUAGCAAAUGAAUUUGUUCCAUCUUCUUCACUGCAAUUGGAUAGAUCAAUUUAAGUGUUUCCCAUUUAAUGAAAAUGGCUAAACUACAGCACAACUAGUCAAAUUGCCUAUUCAAAAGUGGGAUAGGGUUUUUUGUUGUACAGAACUAAAUGUAAUAAAGAUAUUUUUUGAGUUUGUAUUUGGUUCUAAACAAUUGAAAGUAUUUGUAUAUGGCCUACAUUUAACUAGUUUGUGUCAGUUUAUAGUUAUGGUCAGUUGUUAAGUGAAUUUAUUAAAUUACUAUAAAUAAAUUACUAAGUAGUAAUUUAAGAGGUGCGUUGUUGAUAGACAAGUUGACUUGAGUGUCAUUCAUGGAAUCACUGGUUAUUGGUGCAACAUAUUUUACAUUUGAAUGCAAAGAUGUUAAAUUUUAUUAAGGAGAAUGGUAUACAGAUUAAUUUUUCAAGCAUUUAUAGUUUUGAGCCAGAAUGGCCUACU